AUGAACGGUGGUCUUGCUCGACGUCGGUCUCAGGACAGCACACGCAGUGCUGGAGAGAGCCUCUUUUCUGAAAAUGAAGACCCAAAUCGAAUUGUCACGCGAUCUCCCGAGGAUCGUUUCAAGCUUGGCUAUAUAGCAGUCAUGGGCCUGGUUAUAAACAGAAUGAUUGGUACGGGAAUCUUUAUGACUCCCGCUCGAGUCAUUCAGGGAACAGAGAGCACUGGCACAACUUUGCUAUUCUGGUUCGCUGGUGCGGUUUAUGCAUUGGCAGGAAUGCAUGUAUACAUCGAGUAUGGAUUGAAUAUACCACGGCGAGUCGUUGGAGGGAUGGAUCGAGGCGUGCCCAGGUCUGGAGGUGAUGUGAACUACUUGCAAUAUGUCUUCCGGAAGCCAGCAUAUCGAAAAGACACGCUCCUCUUCAUCACAUCUUUCUUUGGCAUCUCGUUUAUUGCCCUCGGCAACAUGGCAGGUAACGCCAUCAGCUUCGGAAUUCGAAUUCUUGAAGCGUCAAACGCUGAAGUGACGAAUGGAGCAGUCCGUGGUAUAGCCAUCGCUGUCUCUGUUGUCGCUUGUUUCAUUCACACCUUCUCCCGUAGAGGUGGUAUCCUCCUGAGCACGAUUUUCGCUGCCCUGAAGAUAUGCAUGAUGCUGUUCAUCAUUGUCACGGCAAUCUGUUAUGGAACUGGAGCCUUCCCAGAUAAUCCUGGCAACAAUAUUGACCGAGAUGAGACGCUGUCUGAGAAUCUGUCACCGUCGACUGCUUUCAGCGACUCAUCACAGAGUGCCAAUGGCUAUGCUCAAGCCUUUCUUGCCAUCAUUUUUGCCUAUGGAGGAUUCGAGCAACCCAACUAUGUCUUGGGGGAAAUCGAAAAGCCACAACGGACAUAUCCCAUCUCUAUGGUGGCGUCAUUGACCACCGUCUGUGUGCUCUAUAUGGCCGUCAACGUGAGCUAUAUGGUGGUUGUCCCCAAAUCAGUACAAAUCAGUGGCACGAGUGUUUCCCAGUCCUUCUUCCAGUUGACUUACGGCGCCCUUGCACCAGGCGACAACACUGGGGCGCGGAUUUUCAGUGCAUUCCUUGCCAUUUGUAGCUUGGGAAACAUCAUUGUCAUGACGUAUACGGCAGCUCGUGUUAAGCAAGAGGUUGCAAAGGAAGGUGUUCUGCCAUGGCCGAAAUUCUUUGGACAAAACAAGGAUCUCUCUUUUGGGCGCAUGCUCCGCUGGGCGCAGCGGUCCACUUUCAUUAAUCGACCGUUCGGUCGUCUCUUGCAAAUGCGUUGGUUGGCCCCCGAAGUUCAUUCGGAAAAGACACCCGUUGGUGCUCUCUUAUUGCACUUGAUUACAUGCAUCGUUCUCAUUUUCGCAACUUAUGGCGAGACACCGCAGAAUGCAUAUGUAAUUCUCACUGGCAUCGCGGCAUACGUCGUCAACGCAUGCUUUGGAAGUCUUCUGGCCCUGGGGAUCCUCUAUCUCCGAUUCUCCAAAAAGGAGAAUUGGCGUGAGAAGACCAGGAACACCCGGCCAUGGCUGAGUGUUCUCUGCGCGACUGUCUAUCUCAUUGGGAACUUGUUCCCAGUCAUCACAUCUUGGGUCAAGCCGGAAGCCGCUUUGAGCCAGGUUGAGGACUCAUCGUCAUUGUCAGACUUGGAGGAAGUUCUAGACCCAUCAGCCCAGCCGUCUCAGACUGUGACAUGGUUCAUCGUCCCCACAGUCGGCUGGUCGGUGUUGGGCUUCGCUGCUCUCUGGUGGCUGGUUGCUAUCCUCGUUGUGAGAAGAAUCGAACGGCGUAGCCAUACAGAAUUCACGAUCCAGAAGGAAGUCGAUUUUGACGAAGAUCCCCCCAACAGCGACAAUUAUGUCCAGGUCCAUGAAACUGUGUAUCUGAGCUGGAAGGGGAAGGAAAUCUUGAGAGAGAUGUCUCAGCAAGAUGGAUAUUUCGGGGCAUACCCUUGA